UUUAUUUUAGUUUUGACUUGUGGUUGUGUGUUUUGGGCAAAAAUACUCAAUUCCACUAAAAAGAUUUUUGUUAAUUUGCUCCAAAAUUUCCAAAUUAAUUCCAUCAUCACAUUCAAAAAUUAAUUAGACAUAGACUUAAGCUUCAUCAUGCCAACUGUAUAUUUUAGUAAAGAAGGCCAAAAUUAUCUUCAAAAAGGUGCAGAAGAGUUAAAAGUUGCAUUCGGCAUAAUAAUUGGCCAAAAAUCAUAUGAUGACAAAUAUAACAUUAUACAUCUUGCAAAACUUUUGGAGGAUGAAGAGUCAAUUAGUUCAACCCAAGAGACAACUCCCUCGUUGGAAACUGUUGAUGUGCAAUCACUGGCUGACCAAUGGAUAAGUGCAUCAAAAAUGACUCCAGGGUCAUUUAGUGUAAUUGGUGUUUUUAUGUCCAAUGCAGAAAAUGAUUCAAAUGAUGACAAGCAAACGAAAAAUAUAAAAAAGAUGUUGACUAAGCUUCAUAAACUCGUCACGAACAGCAAUUCCACGAUUGGUUACACAGAACACACCACAGACCUGGAAAUACUAUUUCUCUCGUAUUCAGCGCCCUCUGCCAAGUCUAACUUCAAGAUAUUCUCAAAUUCAUCCAGCGGUGGAAAUUUAAUGCCAGCUGAUUGCAAAGUCUUUGAAAAACUGCCACAAUGGUAUCUCUUUGAAUCGAACUACGAGCUAGAAGAUGUCUUUCCUCUAACCAACAACCAAGAAGAGAUCGAUGUUGAGAAUCAAUUCAAUGCCAUUCUGCAAGCUGUGAAGUUAAACAUUCAAAAUAGUGAAAUAUUUAUCCAGCAACAAAACGUCGACGACAAUACCACUCUGGAAAGCUAUCUCAAAGAAAACAGCAACAACAAAAAGAACGACGUACCACAUGUAUUCAACGCUUCAAUACUCCUCACAGCAAAUGUUUCGAACGAGUUUCUCAUCAAAAUACGACCAUUUAAUGGAACGAUAAGAUUUUCAGGAAUUGUAUCAUCUCGAAUCUGGAGUCAUGCAAAGAACACAUUCAAAGAAAUCAAAGAAAGUAUCCGACGGGACAUUCUCCGUUCAUUGGCAGCUAGAAUUCAAAUAUAUUGCGAUGGCUUGACUGAUACUGUUUUAAAAACUGAUGGUGUUGUUGUGAACGAACCGCCGAGGAGAAUCUACUUUUGCAACUCAAAGAGUCAGGGAGGCAUUCAAUUCUCGGAAUAUGUCUUUCGUGGCGAGACACCUUCGGUAGCAGUGUCCCAGGCAAAACAAAUUCUCGAUAUGGAUAUCAAUUCGGACUGUAUUUUUGAUGAUCUUGAAGGAUUACCCGAAGAUGAGGUGUCUUCUUUAUUCGACGAAGCAUAUGAAGAACGUGAAGUGCAACCAUAUACUGGCUUAGGGCUAAGUCGGACCAUGUAUGUGCUGGCAAUAUUGGUUGUUCUGCUAGUCCUGUUGUUAUCGGUUUUGUUAAAUCACCUUCUAUUGUAAAAUGAUUGUUGGAAAAAGGCACAAUGAUAAUAAUAAUAAUAUAUUUUAAUAGAAAAAUACGUUGCAAUGUUGUAUGAAUAUAAUUUAAAUCAAUAAAAUGUGUUUACAAUUUUAUAAGCUGGAA